UAUUUAUUAUUAUUAUUAAUAAGUUGGACAUCUAAAUAAAACUAAAACAAGAUGUAGGGAAAGAUGAAAGAAGAAAAAAAAACCCAAAGAGUGAGACAUCAUCCAAUGUGAGACACACUAAACACAAGAAAGUACUCAAUACCCAUACCCCCCUUUUCUUUCCUUCCCUUUCUUUGUACUUUUCAAUUUUUUUCACUCAAAAAAGUUGAAAGCAACAACACCCUGUCCCUCUCCCCUCCACUCAUUUUUUUAAUAAUUUUUUAAAAUAUUAUUUUUUUUCCUUUCAAAAUCCCAUUUAUUCAUUAUUUUACUAACUUACAUUUUUCUACUUACUGCAAGGCUACAAACCCUUAAAUAGGAAGUCCUAACUCCCAUAUUUGUGAACAUUAUUUUACACAUCACUCUCUACUUUCUACUCAUAUUUUCCUUUUAAUUUUGUUUCAACUUUCUACUUGUAUACUCUGAACAAAGAAGAAAAAGUAGGGUGGACAAAAUUUGGGAGGGAGAAGGCUAUUAUAUGGGCUAUAAACUUACAAAAAAUUACUGUGACUUGGCUGAGUUGAAGAAGGGAGGAAUUGCUACUAUUUCAGCCAUUUUUGGGUCCUCUAGCUUUGAUACAGAGAAGGCAAUAGGAGAGAGGCUUGUGGAUUUGAAACUUGGUAGGUUAGGUGACAUUGGAAAAGGAUUAGUGAACAACUUCAAGGGUCAUUCACAUUCUAUUAUGGACCCAUUUUCACCAACAGCUGGAUCAUCAAAAAGGCCCCGAACACCAGGUACCAGUACCCAAGUGGUUUCGUGCUUAGUGGACGGAUGCAAGGCCGACCUUAGUAAAUGCAGGGACUACCACCGACGCCAUAAAGUUUGUGAGAUGCACUCCAAGACCCCAAGAGUUACAAUUGGGGGUAAUGAACAACGCUUUUGUCAGCAAUGUAGCAGGUUUCACUCACUAGGGGAAUUCGAUGAGGGGAAGCGGAGUUGUAGGAAACGUCUUGAAGGACAUAAUCGUCGUAGAAGGAAGCCUCAGCCUGAACCCCUACCUGUGAAUCAUGGAAAUUUCUUUUCUGCUAGCCAAGGUAGUAGAUUUUUGGCAUUCAGCAACCAACCAAUAAUUCCAGCUACAUCAGUAAUGUCAACUGCUUGGUCUACUGUUAAAUCUGAGAGCAGCCCAACACUCUACAACAGCGCGACACCUAGUUCAUACUCUCCGGCCUACAGAGGCAGACAGUUCCCAUUCUUACAAGUUCCUGAAUCCCCACUUACUGGAGUUUCUUCAGCUGGUCAAACAGUUCAUCACGAUCCCAAUAAUGGUGGCGGAAGCAGCAGCAACAACAACCACAACACUAACAACCAGAAAAUACUUUUCUGCAAUAGCCUGAACCAAGUGAUUGACUCGGAUCGUGCUCUCUCUCUUCUGUCAUCAAAUGCUGAGACUCCCGAGAUGGGUUUGGGUCGUACCUUCCAUCAUCCGAGCCCUAUAAACCCUACUCGGCCAAUGCUUUCAAGCCUGCACUUCAACAGCGUUCCUUCUCAGUACUCAGGCUCCUCCCAAGGCCAUGGUAUGGAAGGACAUCCUACAGGUUCUGGACUGUUCUCGGACUUACGGAGCAGUAACAGCCUCUGCCAGGAUGUUUUCCAGAAUGAUACUGGUGCAUCUUCUACUAGUGGAGGUCAUCAAACACUUUCCUUCUCUUGGGAGUAAUUAGUUGCUGUUGCCAUUUGUUCGCUUGUCUAAUCUCUUUCCUAAUCCUAAUUAAUCCUUAAUAAAAAAAAUACUUUGUUGUACGUUAA